AUGAGUCAGGCACUCAACGACGGCAGCAACCUCGACUUGCCCGUCUUCCAAGAUGAUCUGCUCCGCGACAGGCAGCGAGUCUUCUCCGAGUUUCUCUCCAAAGACGAAUACCAGGAUGCAGUGCGUCGCAUGCUCAGGAUGGAUGCACGCCGGCUCAUCAUCAACAUCGAUGACCUGCGCUCGUACAACCGAGAGUUUGCCACAGGCCUGCUCAACGAGCCCAACGAGUUCCUGCCGGCCUUCGACGCCGCACUGCACGUCUCGGUGGAGCUGGCGCACAACACCAUCAAGGACGACAUCAAAAACAAGCAGUACUACAUCGGCCUGCGAGGCAGCUUCGGCGACCACCAUGUCAACCCGCGUACGCUGCGUAGCAUGAUGAGUCUCGAGGGCAUCGUCACGCGCUGCUCGCUCGUGCGCCCCAAGAUCCUCAAGUCGGUCCACUACUGCGAAAACACGGCCAAGUUCCACCAGCGCGAGUACCGUGAUGCCACCAUGUACGGCACCCUGCCCCCUUCGUCCACCGUCUACCCGACCGAGGACGAGAGCGGCAACCGCCUCACCACCGAGUACGGCCACAGUCAGUUCCGCGACCACCAGAUGAUCUCGAUCCAGGAAAUGCCCGAGCGCGCCCCGCCUGGCCAGCUGCCGCGCAGCAUCGACGUCGUCAUGGACGACGACAUGGUCGACCGCUGCAAGCCCGGCGACCGCAUCCAGCUCGUCGGCAUGUACCGCUCGCUGGGCAACCGCGUCGGCCAGAGCUCGUCGUCCACCUUCCGCACGCUCAUGAUCGGCAACAACAUCAACCUGCUCUCAUCCAAGGCCGGCGGCGGCAUCGCCCAGGCGCACAUCACCGACACCGACAUCCGCAACAUCAACAAGAUCGCCAAGCGCAAGAACGUCUUCAACCUGCUGUCGCAGUCGCUGGCGCCGUCGAUCUACGGCCACGAGUACAUCAAGAAGGCCGUACUGCUGCUGCUGCUCGGAGGCGAGGAGAAGAAUCUGCCCAACGGCACGCACAUCCGUGGAGACAUCAACAUCCUCAUGGUCGGAGACCCGUCGACGGCCAAGUCGCAGAUGCUGCGUUUCGUGCUCAACACGGCGCCGCUUGCCAUCGCCACCACGGGUCGAGGCUCGAGUGGCGUCGGUCUGACGGCGGCGGUGACGACGGACAAGGAGACGGGCGAGCGUCGACUCGAGGCAGGUGCCAUGGUGCUGGCCGAUCGCGGCGUCAUCUGCAUCGACGAGUUCGACAAGAUGAGCGACGUCGACCGUGUGGCGAUCCACGAAGUCAUGGAGCAGCAGACGGUCACCAUCGCCAAAGCGGGCAUCCACACGAGUUUGAACGCGCGCUGUUCGGUCGUGGCGGCAGCCAACCCGAUCUACGGCCAGUACGACGUGCACAAGGACCCGCACAAGAACAUUGCGCUGCCGGACUCGCUGCUGUCGCGUUUCGAUUUGCUGUUUGUGGUGACCGACGACGUGGACGAGCAGCGCGACCGCAUGAUCUCGGAGCACGUGCUGCGCAUGCACCGAUACCUCCAGCCCGGGCUCGAGGAGGGCACGCCAGCUGUAGACAACCUCGACCAGGCGCUCGAUGUGGGCGCUCCCGAGGGCACGGAUGCCGACGGCGCCGCGAUGCUCGGCGACACUUCGCCGUUUGAAAAGUACAACCCGCUGCUGCACUCUGGCGUGACGGGCUCGGGCCGCGGCAACGACAAGAAGGAGGUGCUGUCGAUUGCCUUCAUCAAGAAGUACGUUCAGUACGCCAAGUCGCGCAUCCACCCCGUGCUGACCAAGGGUGCAGCCGAGUGGAUCGUCAAUGUCUACUCGAACCUGCGCAACGACGAGCUGUCGGGAAACCAGAAGCGCACGUCGCCGCUCACCGCGCGUACGCUCGAGACGCUCAUCCGUCUCGCCACGGCGCACGCCAAGAGCCGACUGAGCAGCAAGGUCGAGGAGCGCGACGCCGAGGCGGCCGAGGAGAUUCUGCGCUUUGCGCUGUUCAAGGAGGUGCUGGGUGGCCGUCGUGCCGCCAACAAGCGUCGCCGCACGGGCAACAGCCCGAUGAGCGACGACGAGGACCAGGACGACGACGACGAUGACGAUGACAGCGCCGACGAGGCAGCGCGCACCGACCCGAAUGCAGCCUACCGCGGUGGCAGCCGGGUGCGAGGAGGUCGCAGUCGCGACGGCGGCAGGCGAGGCGGCGAUCGCUACGGCGAAGAUGCGCACAGCAGCGAUGACGACGACGACGACGCGGGUGCGUUUGUGUCGUCGCAGCGCUCAACACGAUCCAACGGCACGUAUGCGACGCGUGCGGCAUCAGCGGGACGUGCCAAGCCCAAAGCCGCGAUGGUGGGACCGGGCGGCAUGGACGAAGAGAUGCUCGACGAGGAAGACAUGGAUGCGCUCGAGGCGAUGAGGUCGCUUGACGUCGAGGUGGUCAUUCCUUCGCAGGCCCCACCGCCGAGUGCACCGCGGGCGGUGUCGGCACAGCGAAUCGAGGCGUUCAAGGAGUCGCUUUCCGACCUGCUCUUCGCGUCCGACGGCCGACUGGCGGAGACGGAUGCGAUCCCGCUCGACGAGCUGCUGCCCGUGAUGAACGAAGGUCGCCGCACCGAAGACCUGUUCGACAGCAACGAGGCGCGCCAGGUGCUCGAACAAAUGCAUCGCGAGAACAGCAUCAUGUUCAGCGAAGACAUGGUGUUCAAGCUCUGA